AUGAUCCCCCCCAUACUAUCCUUCUUUGCCUCUCUCCCAUCCCCGCCAGGCCCUCAUCCAGUCGGCUACGCCCACAUCACUUGCCCACCCAUCGCCCCCUUCGCCCACCCCUUUCCUCUCCUCAAAUCUACUUCCAAACCAGCCUUCUCCCUCUCCCACGUCGGAUACGCUGUCUUCUAUCCUUGCAACACAGACUACGAAGAUGCCAAGGGAAAACACCAGGAGCGCAAGAAGGGUUUUGGGUGGGUACCAGAGCCGAUGAGCGAGAUCAUCAAGGGUUACGGAAAGUUUGCUGGCGGCAAAGGGGCGGUGAGCUGGUUCGUGAGACCACUUGGGUACUUUGCGUCUCGCCUCCUCAUGCCCGUCUAUCCUCUUGCCCCUAUCUCGCCUGCACAACGUCCGAGCGCGGGGUAUCCACUAAUCAUCUUCUCGCACGGGCUUGCGGGCACGAGGCAUACGUAUAGCCAGUACUGCGCUGCUCUGGCUUCCGAGGGAUAUGCUGUUCUUGCCGUGGAACAUCGAGAUGGAUCGGGGCCUGCUGUGAUGUUACCGCCAGAUAAGGAAGGUGGCGAGCCAAAAGUCUUGUACUAUACUGGGGUCGAUGAUAUUCAAUGGGAAGAGGGCGAGGAACAGCCUGUCAACCACGCCAGGACUUUGCAACUCGAGAUGCGGUCUCGCGAGGUAUACGAAGUGUACAACUCUUUCAUCAAUCUCACUUCUGCCACUCCGAAUCCCGAGCUGGAGAAGACGGUCGUCAUUGAGAAGCUGGAGGGAAACGACAAGCAGGAAGAGCGGCAAGCCUGGAUCAACGGCCUGAAAGGGCAAGUUGAUGGUGAUGAUUUGAGACUGAUUGGACACUCCUUCGGAGGUGGUACCAUGCUUCAUCUUCUCCAGACUUCAGUCCCCCACCCCUACACACCUCUCCCAACCACUCAAGCCCUCGUUCUUGACCCAUGGCUCGACCCUCUCCCUCUCCCAUCCGACAUCCUCUCAGCGCCUCCAUUCCCCUCUGCCGAGCACAAGACCCUUCCCCCGCUAUUUGUGGUAAACUCUCCCGGCUUUACCGAGUGGGGAGAACAUUUCUCCAGAUUGGUGGGUAUUGCAAAAGGCUGGAAGAAUGGUGAGAAGAAUAGGGCGGGGCUGGUGACACUUUUGGGUAUCGGACAUCAAACCUUUUCAGACUUUCCUCUCCUGUCUCCGACGCCCGCUCAUGCGCGAUCCAUGCUCUUAUCGAUCCACACCCUGUCUGCUGCUUUCCUCUCCUCUCCGUCGACACUCGCUUCUCUCCCUGAAAUCCAAGGUCAGAAACCUGAUGGGGGUCAGUACGAGCACGAGGAAAAGGUUAACGGGGAAGGCGAGAGGUUGAUGAAGGGGAAGAAGGGUAGAGAUGGGCAGGUUGUGGUGCACUUGCUGGCUGAUGAUCAAUGA